ACCACAAAACUUUUUCCAACAACAAUUAACCGUGGCAAUAUCCAAAGUGUGCUCUCUCAACGGAAUAUAGCAUAGGUAUUCCUUAGGAACAUUUUUGACGAGCAAAACAUAAAUAUUUUUGCGAUAGUAAAAACCACAAUUUGUUUACACACGCUGUUACACAUUAAAUAUAUACACAACGAAUAAACAGUACGCAUGAUUGGAGAAAACAUAUGAAAAAGUAUACUCCGUUCGGUAAUACAACAACUUGCUGUGGCAUUGAAUUUAAGGCUUCAACAGUUUUCCCCGGGCGCUCGUCGAGAUACAAUAUUGUACAUCUUUUUGCCAGUGGAACAUAAUAGAAAAAGAAGAGAGCAAAAAAAAAUGGAAAAAUUAUGAAAUUGUAUCUUCUUUCCCAUUUUUUAUUCGAUUAUGAAUGUUGACGAACGUGUGAGAAAUUUUAUGUGACCGUGUGUAAAGUGUACAAAAUAUAAUAUUAAAUCAAUUUGGAAAUUUUAUUAGUCGCCAAACAACAUCAGACUAGAUACGAAAGACGACACAGAAUAAAAACACAAUUGGAUUAUUAGCUCAUUCCAUAUUCAACACGUAGAUAUUGGGUCGCACAUCCUUUAUCUCUGGUGUCAUCACAUCAUCACCACAUAUAAGAAAAUCAAUCGACUUUGCAUAGACCUUUGCUCCGACAAGUGAAGAGAGAGCAAAAAAAAGGGAAAAGAAAACGAACCUCUAAAAAAAUAUGAAGGGAAGACAUAAUCUAAGAAGACGGUUUAGCCUUCAGCCUUCUUUUAUGAAGGACGACAGUCCAGAGGACAAACAUAAAAGAGAUAAAGUUCAUCGUCACGACACCGAAGACUCAUUAUCAUCAUCAAAUGUGCGCCAUAAAAUUGUUGUAAUGGGAGCUGCCAGAACGGGAAAAACAUCGUUGAUCACCCAGUUUUUGUAUAGCCGAUUUUCGCCAAAAUAUAAACGCACAGUCGAAGAAAUGCACCAGGGAGCUUUUUCCAUAUCAGGCGUCAAUCUAACAUUGGACAUUCUUGAUACAUCUGGAGCGAAUGAGUUUCCAGCUAUGAGAGCAUUGUCUAUGUCCUCCGCCGAUGCGUUUAUUCUUGUCUAUGACGUUACCGAUUCUUCCACGUUUGAUGAGGCCAGGGUAAUUAGAGAUCAAAUCCAUGAAACGAAGGCUACCACUGCUGUUCCCAUUGUCGUUGUUGGUAAUAAAAUCGAUUUACUGGAAGACAAACCGGAUGCAAGAGAGCUUGAUUUCGAUACCACCGAAUCACUGGUAAACGUUGACUGGGAAAACGGUUUCGUGGAAGCUUCAGCCAAAAACAAUGAGAAUGUAACCCAGAUUUUCAAGGAGCUUCUCGUCCAAGCCAAAAUCACAUACAAUCUAAGUCCUGCAUUAAGACGACGCCGUCGACAAUCAUUACCGCCGAAUCAAGGCGGAGGCUCACCUGCUCCACCAUCUAGCGCACCGCCAUCCACAUCCCAUGUACCAUCAGCCGCUCAGUUGCAACAUCUUCAACAAAUCCAGGAGCGAAGUAUUGGCGGCAAGCGGAAUUCUUGCAUUCUCUCUUAAUAAAUCGAGAAUAGAAUUUCGCUGUGGAUCUGAACGUUUUUAAAGAAAAAAUUAUUUAAAAA